UCUUUAAGCUGCGUCGGCCGCUCCGUAUCGAUCGAUCCUCCAUUUUCCAACACGCAGCGGCGGCGGUGCGAGCAGAGCUCCGGCGGCCAGAGAGCGAGCAGAGCCACCCCUCUACCUGGAGAGGACGCCGGGGACCCGGGGGCAGCCAUGGCAGCGAACAUGUACCGGGUUGGAGAUUAUGUUUAUUUUGAGAACUCGUCCAGUAACCCACUGCUGAUCAGGAGGAUAGAGGAGUUGAACAAGACAGCCAAUGGGAACGUGGAGGCCAAAGUGGUGUGUUUUUACCGGCGCAGGGACAUCUCCGGCACACUCAUCGCCCUGGCAGACAAACAUGCAAGGGAGCUGGAGGAGGAGAUGGAGAAUCCAGAGAUGUCCGACCUCCCUGAGAAACAGAAACACCAGCUCAGACACAGAGAGCUGUUCUUGUCCCGCCAGCUGGAGUCUCUACCUGCCACACACAUCAGGGGGAAGUGCUGUGUGACUCUGCUGAAUGAGACUGAAGCCCUGAAGUCCUACCUGGACAGAGAGGAUGCCUUCUUCUACUCGCUGGUGUACGACCCUCAGCAGAAGACUCUGCUGGCUGAUAAGGGCGAGAUCCGCGUUGGGAACAAGUACCAGGCCGACAUCACCGACCUCCUGAAAGACGAUGAGGGCGACGGCAGAGAGCUGGAGAAACUGGAGGAGAAGACCUGGGACCCUAACAGCUUACUGACAGAGAAACAGAUCGACCAGUUCUUAGUUGUUGCUCGGUCGGUCGGCACAUUUGCCAGAGCGUUGGACUGCAGCAGUUCUGUGCGGCAGCCGAGUCUUCACAUGAGUGCUGCUGCAGCCUCCAGAGACAUCACCUUGUUUCAUGCCAUGGACACACUCCACGCCACGACCUAUGACAUGACUCGAGCGAUCGCAGCGCUGGUGCCUCAGGGGGGGCCGGUCCUCUGCAGGGACGAAAUGGAGGAGUGGAGCGCGUCCGAGGCCAACCUGUUCGAGGAGGCGCUCGAGAAAUACGGCAAAGAUUUCACCGACAUCCAGCAGGAUUUUUUGCCCUGGAAGUCCCUGACGAGUAUUAUUGAGUAUUACUACAUGUGGAAGACCACAGACAGAUAUGUACAGCAGAAACGAUUAAAAGCAGCCGAGGCAGAAAGCAAGUUGAAGCAGGUCUACAUCCCGAACUAUAACAAGCCAAACCCCAACCAGCUGAGCAACAACAUAAAACCACCUCUGGUGAACGGAGCGGCGGCUCCAGGGGUCCCAGGACUUCCAGGGGUCCAAGGGGUUCCAGGACUUCUAGGGGUCCAAGGACCUCCAGGGGUCCCAGGACCUCCAGGGGUCCCAGGACUUCCAGGGGUCCCAGGACUACCAGGCGCGGUCCAGACCCCCGCCCUGGGCAGAGCCUGUGAAAGCUGCUACAGCAGCAGCUCCUAUCAGUGGUACUCGUGGGGACCUCCCAACAUGCAGUGUCGCCUGUGUGCGUCGUGCUGGACCUACUGGAAGAAGUACGGAGGGCUGAAGAUGCCCACGAGGCUGGAGGGCGAGAGGCCCGGACCCGCCCGCACCAUCAUGAACCCCCAUGGUCUCCCCAUGCGCCACGGCGGCAGCCCCAAGUUUGCCGUGAAGACGCGACAGGCGUUCUUCCUUCAGACCACCACGGUGACACGGAUGACUCGCCGCCUCUGCCAGGAUAUCAUACGACCACGAUUCCUGGCCAGGCACCCGUACCUCCCCCUCAACACAGCAGUCAUCAAGGCCGAAUAUGCCCUGCGGGUGCCAGAAGGGCCUUCAGCACUGAAAAAGCCUGCAGCACUGAAACCUGUGGAACGUAAACCUCUGGAGUCUGUGGUUCGAUAUUUAGAAGCACAUCCCUGUCCGGUCAAGCCCAACCCUCCGAUCCGUGGGGCGUCCAUCUCUUCAGCCAGCCUGACGCCCAUCAAAUCCUCCCCCAUCCUCAACAACGGCUCCCCCACCAUCCUGGGCAAACGCUCCUAUGAGCAGCACAACGGGCUGGAUGGCUCCAAAUCUAAAAUCCUGGCUCCUCAGUGGGACAUCAUGGCCAAGCGGAUGAGCGAGGUGGCGCGACCUUCGGUCUCGAUGCAGGACGAGAUCCACGAACUGGACUGAACGCUCCGUGGAACAACCUCUACUGCAAACCUCAGUCAGAGAGGAAAGGGGGGGAGGGGGGGAGAUGGAACACGUGUUUUCCAGUGAAGUCGAUGGCGGCUGAGUGAAGACGAAGCUGAGAGGAGACGGACGACAGCGAGGGACACACUUCUUCAGCCAGGACGAGUCUGCGUGGACGAAUCCAUAAUCCAUCAGUGUGGCUGUGGUCAAUCCGAGGACUGACUGUACAGGACUGUGUUUAUUACUCACAUCUCUUGUUAUUACUGUCAUUGUAAUUAUUGUUAUUGUUAUUAUAAGUUUUUCUUUUCUUUUUUUUUUUACCAACUAUAACUCAGCUUAUUGUUUGUCGAUCAAACGAAAGGAACUUUUAAAGUUUCAUAAAAAAUGCUUGCUAAACCCUGUGGAAACGGGUGGAAGGACUGUAACAUAAGCCACUUGCAUCUUCUCUGUGUCUGUUCUGUUGUUUCUUUUUGUUUUUCUUUAACAAUUUCAAUUCAACGAGGAAACGCACUUUGAUUUCGGUGACACACGUUAAACUCCUCGUCUUUUUGGUUUUUCGAUGAAUUCGAAACGCUUUACGGGAAAAUCUUCGGUUUUGUGAGCCGGCCCUGAUCUUCGGCCAGAGAGGUUUAACUUAUUGAGAAAGACUUGCUGUUUUUUCUACCUUUUUCACAAGUAAUGCAUCUAUGCUUCAAUACUGUAAUUAAAAAAGACAAUUGAUUUUC